AUGUCGCUCUUCUCCAAGACGCAAUACAACUCCAUCUCCGCAUCCUACGACUCGGUCAAUGACCUGCCCAUCUCGCGUGCCAUCGUCGUCAAUGUGGAACGCCUAAUCCGGCCACACAUCCGGGGCGCCCGCGUGCUGGAACUCGCGUGCGGGACGGGCUUCUUCACCCGGCACAUGCUGAACUGGGGCGCCGCGACCGUGGUGGGUGUGGACGUGUCGCAGGCGAUGAUCGACAUCGCGGAGGUCGAGACGGCCAAGCACCCCGAGCAUGCCGGCAAGUACAGGUUCAUGGUGGCGGACUGCAGCGCGCCGUUUUCUGCGAGCGACGAGGGCAUCGAGGGUGGCGGUGGCGGUGGGUUCGACCUCGUCUUCGCCGCGUGGCUGUUGAACUACGCGCAGGACCAGGCGACCAUGGGCGCCAUGUUCAGGAACGUCGCCGACCACCUGAACCCGGGAGGGCGGUUCAUCAGCGUGCUUCCACACCCGGAGGACGACCCCAUGGUAUGUAUCUCACAGGUCAACGCGCAGCGCAAGCUGGGUUACGGGUAUGGAAUCGAAGUACGCAAGGCGCUCCCGGAGAUCAAGGACGGGUACUACGUGCACUUAUUCUUUGACACCGUGCCGUCCGUCGACUUUGGGAACUAUUACUUGCCCAAGAACGUGCACGAGACCGCGGCCCGGCAGGGAGGUAUGAAGGGCGCGUUGACUUGGGAGCCGGUUGCGAUGCCGGACGAUUACGACGAGAUCAACCGCUACAUGCAGGAUCCGGUGCCCCGGGGGUAUUUUGACCAGUGGCUGCAGUAUCCGGACUUCGGGAUCUUGGUGGUUGAGAAGUAG